AUGUCGCUGAAAUCCACCAUCCAAAGCAUGCCACAGCUUGGGCUGCUUCGAGCCGUUCCGCUGAGCGUUUGUUUGGCGAACUGGGGCCGCCAUUUCCGGAAUGAAGAUGAGGGCAUGUUCCGCAUCGAACCGGUGAAUGACCAUCUCAGCCAAAAGACUGACCGGAUAGACAAUUUUCUCAGCCACGAUUGGGGCACCGGCCGCUUCGUGAAGGUGCUGACCCUGCUUUGGAUAUUCAACAUCCGAGCCGCCACGAUUGCAACCUUUCUUAUCAGUUGCCUAUUUGGCUUCCUCCGCAUGUCUGGCAUGGGCAGCAUGCUGAACCACUGGUGCUCCAUCCUUUUCGGCUAUGCGACGUUCGUGGUUGUUCUUUGCUGGUGGCAGAGAAUUCAAUCUCUUGUUGGCUUCAGGCGGAAGGUUUUCCUCGACAAGCUGUGCAUCGCCCAGUACGAUGCGAAGCUGAAGCAGGAGGGAAUCUUGGGAUUAGCCGGCUUCCUACAGAAGUCGAACGCGCUCACGAUUCUGUGGACGCCACGUUGGGCAACCCGCCUUUGGUGCACGUACGAAUUGGCUGCCUUCAUGCAAGAGGCGAACAGGCCCAUUGAGCUCAUGCCAGUGAAGAUGGCCGGCAUAUUACUGAUGCAGUGCGCGUGCUGGAUGGCGCUCUCCAUCGCCUAUGCCAUCGUGACGACCGCUCGCUCUGCCGAUGAAGGUGAUAUGCACGGUUAUCAGCUGACACUUAUCGGCCUCGCAAUGUACGCUGUGGUCGUGAUCGCUCUGAUUGCUUCCAUGGUGUACAUCGGCCAGUGGCUCAUGCAGGAGUUGGCUGAGCUGCCGGGGCAGCUGAGGGCUUUUCGAAUACAAGAUGCCAAAUGCUACUGCUGCGCACACGGCCACCGCCAUCCAAAGACGGGGGAGAGAAUUCCUUGCGAUCGAGAGUAUGUGUACUGGAUGCUUCGAAGGUAUUUUCAUCAUCAUGAUCUGGAAGCACCGGAGUCGCACCUGGAUUCGUUCAAUGCCCUGGUGAGAGAACAGCUGGCGCCGGUUGUGCUCAAGCAAGCAGGUGGAAGCACAUUGCCUUUGAGUUACGCCCUCUACGCUUGUGCCGCCUGCAACUUCCCCUGGCUCAUCGACUACAUCCCCUGGUGGGCCGAAGGAUAUUCUUCAGGAGAGAUGGCUGGCAUGGACUUAUUCUUGUGGCUCCUGCGCGGCAUGAUGCUGUGGGCUUACCAUCCUCUUCUGCAGCUCGCGAUGAUGCGAAUUUGCUCGAUGAUGUGGAAAGCCUUCCUGCCGCUGGCAGAACGAACCUGGCGUGUUGUGCUGACAACGGUGCAGGUUUUCAUGAUGCUCAUCAUCGCGAUGGUUCUGUUCAUGGCAUUUCGCUACGUGUACCAGGUCACAGAGAGCACAAGUCUGCUGCCGGCCGUGCCCUUUGUCGCACUCGCCAUCCUGGACAUCGCCCUUUUCUGGCGAUGUGGGGAGCAGGUUCCAGCUUCUGGCAAUCCAGGUCGCAGAGAACCAGGUGCGUCUUCAUCCUGUGCUGUGGGGCCGAAAAAGCUACAAGAGAAGAAGGCUGGGCACCCCGGCCACUCCUUCCAUCUGUCCACGGCCGAAGCAGAGGCUGAAGGGCCACUGGUUGAAGUGAAGCUGUGA